AUGGAUGGAAUAUAUAUUCUUAAAACAUUUACGUCGUGGUACAGUAUCGGAUUAAACCGACUUUUGUCGGAAGAAAACUACAAAGUAGACUCAGAGAGCCCAGAUGUACACGACGUGUUCGACGACCUGAAGGACUACACACUCAACGACACAAAAACACUGUGGAUAGAUAGGUCAACGUGCCAAGUAAGUGAGUCGCUGGUACCUUUGACGGAAGAAGAGCCAAUAAGUGAGAAUGUAAUAGACGCCUUCCUGGGCAUAGUGGAGGUGAUGAACACAUAUCACUUGGGAGUAGUAACGAGGUCGGAAGUAGUGGCGGAGUUGGAUCUGGAUAACCUGGGGUUCAAUAGGAGAAGUAAGAGUAGAGUAAUGACAAUCAAGGAGGUCAAGUUCCUGCCAAUAAGGUCCCACCAGGACGUGACCUACGGAAGCGGAGAUGUCUUUAGUUUUGACGCGGCAAUGAAUCAGCUGAGCCCAGGAACGAGUCCGUCGACAAACAUAAUGGGAUCUAGUAAUCUGGCGAACCUGGCGACGGUGAUGAACAGCAAUAACACACUAGGAGACCCAGGGCAAUACCAGAUGCAAGAGGAGGUGUUCAAAGUGCUGGAAAACAUGGAAAAAAUACUAGCCACAGGGUACUAUUACUCGUACGACACGGAUCUGACAAACACAAUGCAGUCAUUAUACCUAGAAGGAAGAGUGCCGCUGAGAAGGAUGAUGAGUACCACAAGGAAGUCAGGGAGGCCUGCAGAGGAGGAUACGCAGGGUACGCCAACACUCUACGAAGUGUCGAAGAGAGACUUCAACUGGGGAUAUAAAAUCUCGCAAGUACUGCCGAGAAGGUGGAAGACAGUGUUGGUGCAGGGCUACGUGGGAUACAGAAUCAGCCACCUGAACGAGGAGAAGAUGGAGACGCUGAUCAUAGGAAGAAGGAACGUUAAGAGGUCAGGAACGAGGUAUGUGGCGAGAGGAAUCGACGAAAAGGGAAACGUGGGAAACUUCGUGGAAACGGAAGUGAGAGUGCGAAUCAACGAGGAAAAAUGGUACUCGUAUACGCAGCACAGAGGCUCAGUGCCAGUGUUCUGGGAGCAGAUGAACGUGACGGCGCCAGUGCUGCUGUACAACUACCACCACAACAUACGCUCGUUCAAGAAGCACGUGGAAGUGCUGAACGAGUACUACAGGCCGAACGAAUACCAGUUGUACGUAAACCUGCUGGACGUUAAGGAAAAUGAAAAGGUGCUGACGGACUCGUUCAUGAACGUAGUGGACGACUACAACAGAGCACAGGGCGUCGAAAAAAAGGAGGUGUCUGGAAAGCGAAGAAGUAAGGUAGGAAUGAUAGACCUGGUAAACUAUAACUACAACGUAAACGCAAAGUGGAACACACACGAAAUAAUAAUCAAGUACAUACUGGAGGAGUUGAACCACGAGUUUAACAAUAUCGGAUACUUCGACGAGGAAAAAGAUAGAGAGUUGGAAGGAAGGAGAGGGUUGCAGAGAGGAAUAGUGAGGACUAACUGCCUGGACUGCCUAGAUAGAACGAACAUAUUCCAGUGGAUGGCGAGUUGGGUGGUAGUGAAUAAGAUACUGAAUAACAGAAUGGCAAGUUCAACAGGAGGAACGAGCAUACUGAACACGAGCGCGGAAGGUGGCUUGUUAGAAGAAGCAACAAGGACAGAAGCAAACUUCAGUAGACUGAAGGAGAUGCUGCUGACGCCAGAAGGAGGGACGAGAGAAGAAAGCACGCUCUUUACAGCCUUCACGGACCUGUGGUGCGGCCACGGAGACGCGAUCAGCAUACACUACUCAGGGACGCCCUCGACGCUGUCGGAAAGAGUGAAGCAGACGAACACGAGUCUUAACUCACUCUUCCACUACAGCAAGACGAUGGUGCAGAGGCUCUACCACUCGCUCUUCCAAGAUAACCAGAGGCAGGCAGUGUUUAACAUACUCUCUCCGUACACUGCGACGGGCACAGGCACGGGAGCAAGAGAAAGAAGACUCCUUAACACAAAGUACUACAUCCAGGACCCGUUCAACGCAGAAAUUAGCAGAGAAGGAGCAGGGUCAUUCACAUCAGGGCACGAAACGACGGCCUCGGCAGGAAGAGGCUUCGAAGUGCCGUACUCAAGCGACAGCGACACGUACACAGAAAGCGGGAGAGCGCGCCAAAGCAGGGCGCAGGGAACGACCGACGGCUCAGACAGCAUCUUCGACAAGCUGCAGAAGGAGAUCAUGAAUAAGCUGACGAUCAAAGAGCAGCUGGAGGAGGAGUACGAGGAGGCCGAGUUCGCAAGAAAGUCGCUCGACCAGCUGAAGAUCUGGGUGGGCUCCUGGAACAUAGGAGCGCACACGGUCGACGUCAACCAGGACGUGCUCGACUGGAUGGAGCUGAAGAGGAUGGAGUGCGACCUCUACGUGUUCAGCUUCCAGGAGUUCGUGGAGCUGAACUUCAUCAACAUAGCCACAGGUAGAACGGAUGAAAACAAGGAGUACGAAUUUGAGUAUUUCGUAGAGAACAUGUUUAAGCUGUCGACGAGCCACGGUUUCGAAAAGGUGACAUCGAUAUCGAUGACAGGACUGUACCUGGUGAUCUUCGUGAAAAGGUCUCUUAAGCCGCACAUAAGAGACCUGCUAAUAACAAACGUGAAGACAGGGUUAAACUACAACAUAGGGAACAAGGGGUCAGUAGGAAUACAAUUUAACCUGUUUGACUACACGUUGUCCUUCCUUAACAUACACCUCAACUUCGGAAAGAACCUGAACGUGGGAAGAAUAGAGCUCUUGGAGUACAUACUGAAAAACGCAUUCAAGGAGUUCAACAAAAACGUACUCGAUAACGACAUAUUCAUACUGGGAGGAGACUUCAACUUCCACGUGCAGCUGGAAAAGCAAGUGGUCCUGAACCUGCUGAAGAAAAUGGAGUACACGAAGCUGCUCAACUACGACGAGUUUAACAUGGCGAAGAUGAUAGGGAUCCCGGUGAUAAACAGACUCCACGAGGCGUCUAUUCAGUUCCAGCCCACGUACAAGUACAAGGACGGGACGAAGUACUACACGACGAAGAGGUCGCCAGCAUGGUGUGAUCGUAUAAUAUUUGGCGGAAGACUCUUUGAGUCCAGAAAGAUUAACAUAUUAAGUUAUAAGAGAAAUGAUAACUUAAUGAUAUCGGACCACAGACCAGUUUCAUCCAUUAUAUUAGUGGAUUUGAAAUAA